UUCUAUUGUGUACCCGCGGCACUGUCGGGGUCGUUGUCAAAACGUCGCUGCAGGCAAGGGGACUGGAGGGGGCAGAGGCGGAUCCUACGGCUUGGGAAGUGCGCAUGGCAGCGAAGUACUACAAACUCCUCUUCAAGGAGUAUGCGCUGGCAGACCUCUCGAGGUAUCGAGAAGACAAAGUGGGGCUGCGGUGGAGAACAGAGAAAGAUGUCGUCAGCGGGAAGGGACAGUUCGAAUGCGGAGCUUUGAGGUGCCAGGAGAGGAAGGAUCUCCACAGCUACGAGCUGAAUUUCAAGUACAAGGAGGCCGGUGCGGUCAAGAAUGAGCUCGUCAAGGUACGCGUGUGCCCGCAGUGCGCGCGGAAAUUGUUCCGAAAAAAGAUCGAGGCGUUGAGGCGGCAACGCAAGGCGGAAGCACAAAUAAAAGAGCAAGAAAGUGAGGCCGACAGCGACGGGGAACGACGACGAAAGAGAGGAAAAUUGUCAACAUCGUCACCGUCAGGAUCGGUGUCAGCCACUCCAGAUGGCAACGCCGACGACAGGCACGGAAGAAAAUUGCGAGAAACUUCUGCUGGAGAGGGGCACGACUUGAUUCGCCAGGCGGUGGCAGCGGCGGGGGGCACACAAACUGACGCCAAAAAGCGCAACAGGCCGUCGAGAUGGGGGGACAGACUGGAUUCGUCGGAAAGAACAGCUGCUGGUGGGGGCGGCGGUGACAGUGGUAGAUUGGCCGCGGAGGAGGGUGGCGGUGCCAUGGCUGGUGACGACGCGUCCAGGAAAGCGUGGGCGGGGGAGUUGGAGAGGGACCGGACGGCGGAAGAUGAAAUGGACGAUUACCUCUCGUCUCUGCUUCUGUGA